AUGGUGAGAGGCGGUACUUAUUCUGCCCGGCUCGAGGACCAGCAGGCACUGGAGCUGGUGCUGGCCAUCAACCAGUUUGGGCGGCUGAACACGCGGAUGCACGAGCUCGAGGACGAGAUCAAGGAGAAGCGCUCGCAGCACGACCAGCUAGACGACGCGGCCAACGAGCUCAUCCUUGCGGACGACGACGAGCCUGUGCGGUGCGCCACUGUGGCCGCACGACUCACCUCGGCUCCGAGGCAAGCAUCCCGUUAG